ACAGAGGGGCUGUACAUAUUAGCUUCACUUUUCUGGCCGUAUACGGGGUCCAUGUAUACUACGUCCAUGGCUAAAUAGCGUCUCCUCAAAUGCCUAUGAUAACCUAUGAUAACCGCUCUUGAUCUUUAAAAUGACACACACACAUAUAUAUUUAUAUAUAUAUAUAUAUAUAGUCAUAAAAGAGAGAAAGAGAAAGGAAACAAUAUUGUAAACAAUAAUGUGCAUUAAAGUUUAGUCUGAUACGCAUAGAGACAUUUAGCUUAUUUUUCUCCUUCUCACUCUCACUCGUUCAAUAACUUUCUCUCGCUUAACGCUCUGACGUAGGCCGAGCGUGUGUCAUCACACGAAUGGACACAUCUCUGUAUUCGUAUCAGACUGAGAUUCGAAUGCACAUCACUGAUUGUAAAGUAUAUCAGCUGAUCGACGUGCGCGUCACAAAGGCGCGUCGUCCUGCUCUGAGAGGUACGAAGUGAGGUUUAUGAAGCAAGAAUGCCAGUUCCACAUGGACGUGACAGACUGAACAGAGACGAGGUCGCACUCACUAUUCUCCGAAGUGGGUCGAGCCGAAGAAUACUAUGUAAUAGUUGAGUUUCCGGAUAUUAAUAAUCACUUGACACUUCGUUUGGGCAUGAUAUUAUAUUUGUCAGAUUUACUCGCGAUCGUAUUUGAUAUUAUUUAAAAUGCAUCGAUCGUGGCUUUUAACGAUCAUACGUAAUUCUUCGUAAAUCCUUUCUUCUCGUGCCAGCCAAUCAAAACGUUAAUCCAUCGUACGUGACUUAACAAAUCGGAAGAAAUCAUGUCAUACUCUAUCAAUAGAAGACCCCUGCUAUGGGGUACAUCUGACAGUGAAUUUGAAGGCGACUUAGAGACAGAGGUAGAUGAUCCUCACACUGUGAUCUCUGAUGAGAAACCAUUUUUGAAACCAUAUGAACCACAUGACAAAUAUAAUCUUGCAUAUAUUGUAUUUUACUUACUUGGUGUAAAUACAUUAAUCCCAUGGAGUUUUUUUAUGACUGCUGAUGAUUACUGGAUGUAUAAGUUUAGAGAAAUUAAUAAUUCGACAAACUUUACCACUACACAUGUAGAAAAUCUUGCGCAAAAGACAGAUCUUCAAGCUAGUUUUACUUCUUAUUUAAGUGUAGCCAGUGCAUUGCCAAAUACUCUUUUCUUAAUAGUAAAUACAUUUAUUAGUAACAGAAUUUCUCUAACAAUAAGAAUGGUGGGUUCUCAAUGUACAAUAUUGUUGCUAUUUAUUUUGACCACUACGUUUGUGGAGAUAAAUACAGAUAAGUGGCAAGAUAUGUUCCUAGUUGUUACAUUAACGACGGUCGCAUUUGUGAAUGCUGCAAGCGCCAUUUUUGGAGGAAGCUUAAUGGGUAUAGUGGGCAAAUUUUCGCCAAAAUAUAUAACCGCUAUGUCGGGUGGACAAGCCCUCGGUGGGAUAUUCACAGCCCUAGCAGAAGUAUGCUCUCUAUGGAUAGGUGCCAGCCCUGUGCUCUCCGGUUUGGUGUACUUUAUUAUCGGCGAUGUCAUGCUACUGUUAUCACUAGUUGCGUAUAUCAUAUUGGAGAGAGCGCCUUUUUUCAAAUAUCACAUGGUGGAGAAAGUACCUGAUCGUUUGGAAUCCGAUUACCCCACAAGCGAGGAAGUCGGCUUCUCGGCCGGUCCAAGCACGUCUUACAUGCGGAUUAUUAAGAGGAUCUGGCAUUAUGGAGUUAGCAUAUUUCUAGUAUUCUUCAUAUCGUUGGCUGUGUAUCCGGCAGUCACUGUAUUAGUGGAGAGCCAAUACAAAGGCGAAGGCCAUGCAUGGAAUGACGUAUACUUUGUACCUGUGGUCACGUACCUAAUCUUCAGUACGGGCGAUUACGCCGGAAGAGUACUGUCCGGAAUUUUUCAAUGGCCAAGAGGCAAGCCAUGGCUCGUGAUAUUCUUGAGCAUUCUUAGAGCCGUUUUUAUACCCGUGCUGAUGUUCUGCAAUGCGCAACCGAGACAUCAUCUACCUGUUUAUAUUCACAACGACCUGUAUUACAUUCUAAUAACUAUCGUGUUCGCCGUGACUAAUGGUUAUCUGUGCAAUUUAACGUUUAUUCUCGCGCCCACAGUUGUGGACAGUCAAGAGAAGGAAGUUGCGUCCGCAAUGAUGGGUGCUUUCUUGGGUAUAGGAUUAGCAUCUGGCGCUGCACUUAGUUUGUACAUGGUAAAGAUUCUCUAAUAUCUGACAGACAAAAAUGUAUAUAUGAAGAUACAAUCAUCUCACUGCCUUUUGUAUAUCUGAAAUCAAGUAAAAAUCAUGAGGCAGCAUAUUAGUAAUGAGCUCUUGACCAUAACAAUAUUAAUAAGUCUAUUCGAUUAUUCUCGAUCACCACACUGACAUAUUGUUGAAGAUUUGUAUUAAUUUUUUGUCUCUAUGAGAUAGACGAAAGUUAAUUUAUAAUAGUUUUUAUUAGUAUUUUAUUAGUCUUUAACAAGUUUAUAAUGGCGAAUUCGAUUGAAAGCAUCAAUGUAUACUAAGAUUCAUAGUCUGUUUUUAUAUUUCAGCUGUAUUUAUAGAGUUUUAUCUCAUAUUUAAAAUUUGUCUUAUAUUCAUCUUCAAAUGCUAUACAAAUUGUCGUAUUGGUUACGGAACAUUCGGAGACGAAUUUAAGAUAAAUAUAAGAACUGAUUAUGAAACGGUAUUAAUGUGCAAUGGUAUGCAGUAGUGCUUCUAAUCAAAUUCGCCAUAAGUCUUUAACGAAUUUAAAUUAUAAAUACAAUCGAGCCAAUGGCGAUCAUUCCUGGUGGUUUUAAUUUAAUCGAUGAUUAUAUAUGUCAUCAAUGACCCACGAUAUUAUACUUAUAUUAUACAUAAUUAUAUAUCAAUCAAUGAUAUUAAAUAUAUCUUAAUUUAUAGUUUUUAUUAUAGUUAAAAUAUCAAAUAGCCUAAAACAAAAAAAUUCAUUGUGGAUUACUGACGCACGCGGUAUGAAACAUGUUAAGUAUUGAUAUUUGUAAUUCUUUUUCUUUUGAACCAUUUGGAUUCAAUUAAUUGCAUUAAUCAAAAGAAUUAAAACAGUAUUAUAUUCGGAUUUUUAUCAAUGUUUUAUAAUUUUAUAAUUUUUAUGGAAGGUUUUUAAUUAUCUGUUUACACAGCUGCUUAACUAAGAAUAAUUCGUUAAGUUUUUUUGCAUAAGAAAAUAUAUGUCGAGAUAAGCGUUUGACUAUAUCUAGAUAAGCAGUUGUAACAAUACUUACGAUUACACAAUAAAAUUACUGUUCCAUUUAUUUUACUAUUAUUUUAUAUGGCGCAUCUUAUGUGCAGGGGAUAACAUAAUAAUUGACGAGACAUGUCGAAUUAUUAUUAAUAUUGAAAGAUCAUACAUCACUGAUAUAUUGAGCAAAUCACAUUCCGUAGAUUUAAUAUCUUUAUAUAACGUAUAAAAUACAAUGUAUUUGUAUAAUUUAAGACAAACUGUAUGAUUACAACAAUUAUCCAACAUGUAUAUAGGAUAUAAAAGAAACAUAAAUACACAAAGUAUUUAUAGUAACGUGUAA